AUGGUAUCCGGUCUCGAGCCGUUGGCCACGACGGCUCUGAUCUUCGGAGGGUGUUGUACCAAUGUCUUUGCGCUUGAGAACAUUGUCAAGUAUGCACCCCCUCUGCACUGACUGAAACAUUGCAAGCGCUAAUGCUGUGCUGCAGGCUCGAGGCGAGCAGUGGUAUGUUCUGAUCGAUGCCGGACGCAAAGGCCGCAUCCCUAAUCGUCAUGGCCUGCAGGUCUCAUCAUCACCUUCUUUCAAUUCGUGUUGACGACUGGCUUCGCGUACUUCACGCAAUUUGAGCCCGGCUCGCCACUCGCGGUCAAGAAAUCCAAAGUGCCGUUUCCAAGAUGGGCCUUCAUCGCGUUCAUGUUCUUCAGCAUCAACAUGUUGAACAAUUGGGCCUUUGCAUACGACAUUAGUGUGCCCGUGCACAUCAUUCUUCGCAGCUUUGGCAGCGUCACAACCAUGAUCGCUGGCGUUCUCCGUGGUAAACGUUACAGCGUGUUGCAAGUCUUCAGCGUUGUGCUCCUCACUGUGGGCGUGCUCGUCAGUGCGUGGGCCGAUUCAGAGAGUAAAGUGAGUCCUUUGGAAACCCUCAAAGCGCCACAUCCUAUACUGAUUUCUCUUGCAGGGCAAAUCGAUGUCUGUCGAGACCGGUGGGUCCACGUCGGAAUUCACGAAAGGCCUUGCGAUACUGCUCGUCGCUCAGUUCAUGGGUGCGUAUCAAGGAGCAUACACAGAGGACACGUACGCCAUGUACAAAGCGAGUUGGACGGAGAAUCUGUUCUAUUCGCAUCUCUUCAGCCUGCCGCUCUUUCUGCCUCUGUCUGCAGUGCUGCAGGAUCAAUACAGGAAGCUCGCAGCAACGCCAUACGUCAACGUACGACAGUACCUCCUCGGCGCCCUGCCAGAUGAGCGCACCGGCGCGGCAGCCACCGGCAAGGCACUUGAGUCACUCAGAGUGUAUCCUGAAACAAUGCCGAAAGGAAUCUUGUUCCUGUUGACGAAUGCGGUCACACAGCUCGCCUGCAUAUCUGGGGUCAAUCUGUUAUCUGCCAAGUCUUCAGCUGUUACAGUGACGAUAGUGUUGAACGUCCGCAAGCUGGUGUCCUUCAUGCUCAGCACCCUGAUCUUUGGUCACCAGCUCAGCGGCAAAAUGAUUUUGGGCUCCGCGCUUGUGUUCGGUAGCGGCGCGCUGUACGGGUGGGAGACGAGUUGGAGGCUGCCAAGGGAAAGACAGGCAAGGGCGAAAGCCGAGGGAUCAUCAUCAGCCUCGAAGGAGAAGUAA